CGGUAAUUACAGAUGUACUCUAUCGACGGUAGUUGGGACUGCAAUUCACUGGUCUUCUGUGACUUUCUGGGGGAAUAAAUAGUGCUGACAGUGUUCGAUUUCAGCACAGUGCAAGAGUACUUCGCAUAGACUUGUAACAUUGUAUAGAAAUUGACUACGAACUAUCCGUUAUGUUUAAAAUUUUCACUCUACUCAUCCUUUGCCUUUGGGUCUCGCAGGGUGAGGCCCACAGGCGCGUCAUCAUUCAGCCGGCGGCCGAUUGCGAUGAAACUAGUACCUAUCAACUUUGCCAAGAUUUCCGUGACAUACGCAAUCUGAUUGAUCCGAACACUUUGGUCUACCACAUCUCUUCUGGCUAUUUUAAGGACAAUGAAUUUCGCAAGGCCAUGGACUUCAUCAAAACCGACCAAUUCCAAUCGGUGUCACAGCAACUUGCCGAUAGUUCCGCAUAUCAGAAACUGAUUACGCGCUUCUCCGAUGCUGGCGUCAGCACGGAAACAAUUGCCAGUAUUUCCAACAUUUUCAAUUGCCUGCUGAUUUCCAUACCCGAAUAUGGUGAUGAGUCGGAGAUUACUGAAUUAGAAAUGAAACCAAUCGUGGUGUCCCGAACUUUGCAAGAUGUCGCUCUGAAUCUGGUAAACGCAAUUCCACGCUCGAAGCUUCGCCAAUUGAUACGGCAAAAGCUGUAUGAGAGUAGUGAAUUCGCCAACUUUUAUCGCGUCUUGCGCAGCAGCGGUUUUCGUCGCGACGUCAAGAAACUAUUGAGUGCAUACACAUCAAGGUACCCGAUUAACGUGUUGAAACGCAAUAAUAUCGAUUUGCAAAAAUUGUUCCAAUAUGUAAGUAAAAUCUUCGAUUACGGUUCAAGUUAAGCUGCGACUUUCCGCUCAUUAUAAAUAGAUAAUUUGAGUGUGCACUUUUAACUUUGACAGCGGUGCAAAUAAAUUGAAUUGAAUUUGUCCAAAAA